AUGUCGACACCGCCAGAGACCGGAUCAGGCUCAAAGCCCAGCAUGGCGAAGAAGGCCUUUGGCAAGGUCGAUCUCGACGGUCACAACCUUCCGCCCUCGCCGGCGCCCUCCAGCCCUUCCAAUGGCCGCCGGCGCUAUGCCCUCGCGACCGAGCUGGUUUACACCGACUCCAAGGACCAGUAUGGAGCCUCGAGCAUUCCCAUCUACCAGUCCGCCACCUUCAAGCAGUCUGCCGCAACGGGUGGUGGUGAAUAUGACUACACACGGUCCGGUAACCCGACGAGGACGCACCUCGAGAGGCACAUGGCCAAGAUCAUGAAUGCCACACGGGCUCUCGCCGUCGGUUCCGGCAUGGGUGCGCUCGACGUAAUCACCCGUCUCUUGAGGCCCGGCGACGAGGUUGUGACUGGCGAUGAUCUCUACGGCGGUACCAACCGUCUCCUUACGUACCUGGCCACGAACCAGGGCAUCGUUGUCCACCAUGUUGAUACCACCGACGUCGAGAGGGUCAAGGAGGUCAUUUCCGAGAAGACUGCCAUGGUCCUCCUCGAGACGCCGACCAACCCCCUGAUCAAAAUCGUCGAUCUCCCCUCUAUUGCCCGGCAGGCGCACGAACUGAACCCCAAGGCUCUCGUCAUCGUCGACAACACCAUGCUCUCCCCCAUGCUCUGCAACCCCCUCGAGCUCGGCGCCGACAUCGUCUACGAGUCCGGCACCAAGUACCUGUCCGGCCACCACGACAUCAUGGCCGGCAUCAUCGCCUGCAACGACCCCGCCAUCGGCGACAAGAUGUACUUCACCAUCAACUCGACCGGCUGCGGCCUCUCCCCCAACGACUCCUUCCUGCUCAUGCGGGGAGUCAAGACCCUGGCCAUCCGCAUGGAGAAGCAGCAGGCCAACGCCCAGGCCAUCGCCGAGUUCCUCGAGAGCCACGGCUUCCGCGUCCGCUACCCGGGCCUCAAGUCGCACCCGCAGUACGACCUGCACUGGUCCAUCGCCCGCGGCGCCGGCGCCGUGCUGUCAUUCGAGACGGGCGACGCCGCGCUGUCGGAGCGGAUCGUCGAGGCGGCACGCCUCUUCGGCAUCAGCGUCAGCUUCGGCUGCGUCAACAGCCUCAUCAGCAUGCCCUGCCAGAUGAGCCACGCCAGCAUCGACGCCAAGACUAGGGCCGAGAGGCAGAUGCCCGAGGACCUCAUCCGGCUGUGCGUCGGCAUCGAGGAUGUCAACGACCUCAUUGAUGACCUCCAGCGCGCACUUGUCCAAGCUGGCGCCGUGACGCUGACGAUCGACGGCUUCCACGCCAACAAUGCUACCCAGUCUUCUUCCGGAAGCGCAUCAUCAUGA